AUGAUAAAGAAGGAUUGGGUGGAGUUACCUCCACACAGUCAAAGUUAUAAGGACGGUGUAAAUUACUUUUUGGAUAUUGCAUUCACCAAAGGAAUGGUUGAAGAAGAAGAGAUUUUGUGUCCUUGUUCUAUAUGUUGCAAUGAUAGUUGGGAAGUAAGAGAUGUAGUGUAUGACCAUUUAUGUAGUAAAGGAUUUGUAAAGGGAUACACUGAAUGGAUUUAUCAUGGUGAAGAUGAGAGCCUUAUAGAUCUUGAUGGUGAUAGUGAUGAUGAAACAUCAUCUCAUGAUGAUAUCAAUGGCUUACUAUUUGAGACAUUUAAAGAUGUGGCUGAAGGAGGUGGAGUACAUGAAGGGAUAAAUGAAGAUGCAAAGAAAUUUUAUAAACUAGUUGAUGAUGCAAAUCAAGAGUUGUAUCCUGGUUGUGAAAAGUUUUCCUCGUUAUCAUUCACUAUUCGAAUUUAUUUGUUGAAAUGUAUCCAUGGAUGGAGUAAUGCAUCAUUCACUGCUCUCGUAGAGUUGUUGAAAGAGGCUAUGCCAGAUUUGAACAUCCCUAUCUCUUUCAAUAAAACAAAAUCUAUGAUAAAAGAUUUGGGCUUAGACUAUAAAAAGAUUGACGCAUGUCCGAACAACUGCAUGUUGUUUUGGAAAGAUCAUGGGAAAGAUGAUUCAUGUCAUAUUUGUGGCACGUCAAGAUGGAUUGAAUAUCCCGAAGUUCCUAAUGAUCUUGAAGAAUCUAUAAAAGCUCAUAAGAAGGUUAUAGAUGUGAAAACAUUGGAUUACUUGGAAGUAGAAAUUGCUGAAACACUUUGCCAAUUCGAGCACACAAGGAUGAAUAGAAUGACACGAAAUAGCGAUGAUACUCCAAACAUAGGUCAUCCAAUCGGGGAAAAGAAACUAAUUUCCCUUGAUCAUAAGUCUCUAAACCAAGCUCACGGCUACAUUUUAUUCAAUUGCGAUGAAGUGCAAGAGUAUAUUAGAGAGCAUGAGGUUAAUGAUCAUAAUCCUCUUAAAAAAAAGGAAGUCCAGAAAAGCUAA